AUGUUGUUCAAGGCAAUUCAGAUCACACUCUUUUCAACCCUUUGCUAUGCAGCACCAACUGCUUCAAAUAACAUCCUUGGACGUGGAACCACAACCACCGCCAUCGCCCUCAUUAACGGAAUCGCCCCCGAUGCAGUAAAUAGCUGCGCAGGUGCAGAAUUUCCAGCCGAAUGUGCCACAGCCGCCCAAGCAGCCAUCGGUAUCCUCAAAGCAGUAGGAGAAGCACAAUUUUACGCCGGAGAAAUCGGAGCCAUGACCGCUCUCAUGGCCUACGAAACUGCCAGUUUCAAAUACAACAUCAACCAUUUUCCCGGUAACCCAGGUCAGGGAACCCGCAACAUGCAACAUCCAAACUAUAAUCUCCAGUAUGCGCGAUCUAUUGACGCUCUUAAAGAACCUCUUGCAAAGAUUACGACGGCUACUACCACCGAGGGUCUGUCAAAUGCGACUUUGAAUGCGAUUUUGGCUUUGGUUACUACGGAUGAGUAUACAUGGGGAAGUGCACCAUGGUAUCUGAAGACGCAUUGUGGUGCUAGUGUGAGACAGGGCCUCGCGGCUGGUUCCAAUGUUGGCUGGAUGGCAUAUCUGUUGUGUGUUGGUGCUACUCAGGAUCUCCCUGGACGAAUGGUAUUCUGGGAUAGAGCUAAGAAAACUUUGAAAGUGGGUGUUUAA